AUGUGCGCACUAGGACAACUAGGAGCGUGUGUUCGCUCACCCACUGCUACUACUAUAACCACUGCGGUAACUGCUGCUCCUGCUGCUGCUUCUGGUAUCAUAUCCCCACUUCCGUCAUGGUUGAUGACUAUUCACUUCAAAAAUGAUCAUUCUUUCUCUUUGAUUGGCCUUCCAUUCCUGCUCGACGGAGUUCAAGGCAGUUCAUCCGUUCUAAUCCGCAAUUCCCGAUCUGAGUGUAUAUCAGUGUACAUCACCCUGACAAAGCUUCCAGAAGAGCCACCAACAUUCUCCUGUCGGCACAAUCAUUCAAUUAUAGCGAUGAUUCAAAUAGGUUUGGGUAAAAAUUCGGGCCAUUUACAGUCGGCGUCGAAACGAAUUGAUAUUUGGCGCAAUUUAAAGACGCAAAUGGUGGGAAAAAAAUUACCUGACAGUCAUUUAAAUUUGGAAUUAGAACACGCGUUUCUUGUGGAGAGUAAACCAAAUUUCUUAAGUGCUCUCUUUGUUCUGGCACAAGCAAAUCGCGAAAACAGAAAAUCAUUCACUCCCAAUGAGGAUUCUAUAAAAUCUUUGUUCUUCAUCUGGAAAAUUGGAUGCAGUUACCUAGACGACAAUGCCCUGCAGGUCCUUUCGAAGAUUGAGAACAGAUUUAAGGAAAAUUCGUCCAUCGCGGAGUGGUUGGGAUCAAGAGAUUUACUAGAUGAAGCUAAACUUCUAGACUGGGUGGUCGGUGAAUAUAAACCACUUCCAAAGUCUCGCGUUAAAAGACAAGCUCUUCAAGGCUAUCAACCUAUUUAUCCCUCGCGUACGGCAGGCGCUGUUUCCGAAGCCUCAGGAUUAUCACCCACAGAUAUUCGACAACCUAAAUAUCCGAUUGCAAAGCCAAAUGCUGCAAUUUUGGUUCAACCAGUUUUGCCAAUUGAAAUAACCGUUCAACAGAUCUCAAACUUUCAGAUUCCACCAAACACAUUUCGUUCCCUUGAUGGAAGUAGACUUCAACUUCGAUUAUUUGAACAUAUUUAUCCAAUGCAAUUCGGAAUCGAUUUUAAGGAUCCUUCAGCAGCAACAGGCCGUGAGAUCAUAAGUGAUAGUUCAAGCUGGAUUUCCUUCGAUUCAACAACUGAGAUUUUGCGACUUCGUCCAUUUCUAGAGCACGAAGGAACGCAUAAAUUUGUUCUCUGCGCUUAUAAUAUGCUUAAUAGUCGUACAUGCACCAACAUUAACGUACGAGUGAAACCACCGAUGCCAAUUAAGAAGAGCUUCGCCGUUAAUGUAGCACCAGGUAUAUACUGGUGUUAUACAAUUCCUCUCUACUGGUUUGAUGAGCUCAAAGUUCAUUCGAUUGCUGAUGUGGAGUUUCAUGUAACUGGGGAAAGCUUUUCUUGGGAUGCUGUUAAGGGCGAAAUCUGCAUCAUCACCACAUUGCGAAGGGAAGAAAUCAUGGUAUUUUUCUUCCGUGCAGUGCACAGAGUCACGGCGGAAACUGUUGAAAUUGAAUUGAGAGUAGCUGUAAAAGUUCCACCUGAAGAAAAGCUUAUAUCAAGCCCACGAUUUCGACUUCGUCUACGGUGGAUGCAUACAUACAACAACUAUGAAAUGCUUGAAAUUGCACGUCUCAACUUAAGUUUGACGCAGGCUCUACGCGUUCGUGUGAAUCCAAGUGUCAUUUCCCAAAAUUUGUUCAUAUAUGAUGUCCUACAAAUAAGAAAAUUUCAAGAAAAAGACAGCUCGCUUCUUUUAGCUUUAUCAAAGUUAUUGGAGAUUGAAUUCAUCUACCUUCCACUAAAUAUUCCCAAUCCCGGUUCAGCAAGUUAUUUGAAUAUUUUAAAUGAUCAUAGCAGCGGUAAUUAUUGGGCCAGCGGGGUUCCCUAUGGCAUGUCUGCAGAGAGCAAACAAUUGUAUCAACUGAAGGGCAUCUGUGAAAAUGCUCGACUUAGUGGAGCCGUGAGUGCAAUCCAAGCAGCUGCGGAAUCCUUUAGACCUUUUUUGCUGGAGAGUAUAGCCGAAUUAGACCUACCUGACAGUGCGUGCUCAAAGAUUCUUCAGAUGUUUGGCGGCACAAUGGAUUCAAAUAGGAUCUAUCCACCACCAUUGACAACAACAAACAUCCCCUACUCGGACCAAGUGAUUGAAAAUUUCACGGUGGAGGCUGGACUGGCAUUCAGAAAACGGAUAAAUCCAAGCAGAGUGGUGCCGAUGAAUAGAAUAAGGUCUCUUGAAAUAAUCGAUGAAAAUUACAAUAGACUAAACGAUACGGCUUGGAUUACAGUUGCAGAAGACAAGACAAAUCUAUUUGGACUUCCGUUGCAAAGUCACGCACGCAAAGAUGCCUAUCGUUUCUGGCUGAGCAUUUUGACAGUGGAUCAGCGAACUCCGUUAAAUAUUCACUUCACAGUUGACGUAGUCAAGUGGCCAUUAGAGAUGACAACUGCUCGUGGUAGAUUUGGCUGGUAUCCUCGACCGAUUGCAAUACUUAACCAUCGUGUGAGAAUGCGAAUGAAACUUGGUGGAACAGUGGGUAGGGGAAUAUCACCCACCUACAAUUGGCCUCCAACCUCUCCUGAAACCUCGCUAUCCUAUCGGUGGAAUCUAGUUACAAAUUUGGAUAAGUAUCUCCGAUCUGAGUGUGGACCACAUUGUGGAGUUGGCAUCAUGUUAGUGGACAUUCAGCGUCAAGAUCAAUCGGUAAUUCAAGUCGAGUGGGCACUACUUCCUCUACUACAGGAAGGUUUGCGAGACAGUUUAUUGAACUCAUCAUACGGCGGAACUCAGGUUCCAGCAUGUCCCCAACGUUCCAUACAAGAACUUCAACGAAAACUUCUAAAAGUUCCUCUUUAUAAUCGAUUCUCAUCGCUGUCUUCAUCUGUACCCACUUCGCAUCAGGAAUACUUUACAGAAACAGAACUCAGACAAGCCUCGUGGUCAGCUCCUGCUCCACAGUUGGUUGAGCAUCUCGACUGGGCUCGAAUUGGAACAGUUUCUGUGAUUGCCGUUGAUCUGAUUGGCAGUUGCUUCGCCCCUUACUGGAAGGGCGAUGUCACGGCAAAGCAGUCAGAUUUUUUGUCUGUUUUGAAUAUCACUACGUAUAUUGGUAGGUAA